UUAAAAGCAAAAGAUCAUCGAAUUACACAGAAUAUGCACGUACUCGUGUGUAUGUAUGUGGACAAGUAUGUUGAUGUGUACGAAAAUUAAGUUUGCACCAAAGCGAGCGAGUAAUGGCGCGUUCAACACCAGCAGAUUGCAACAACAGUAGCGAAACCAAAAAGCCAAACAACCUAGAAGCGAACAGCAAACGCUAGCUUGUGGUAAAAACGAGCAAUAAAAGAAACAACAAAGAGGUCAACAACAGCUCAACACCGCGCCUCAUCGAAAAGUGCAAUAAGAGACGAAAUGUGCAACAACAACAUUCCGAAAACUUGAAAGUGGACUACAACUAAUGCGCUUGGAAUUCGAGCAACGAUAAUAAAAUGAAUUCUUGCAAGACACUUUAACGAUAUUGCAAAAAAAAAAACAUAAAAUAAACAAACCAAAACAACGAAAAUUGAGAUACUCCAAAGAGUGUUAAUUAACUGAUUUAAUAGUAUUGAGUUUCAGUGCAAAAAUAAAAUUUUAACUCUUUGGCAAUUUUAAUUAAAAAACACUUAUUAGCCGCAAACACAAAGUUAAAGUUGGAAAAAUUUAUUAAAAAAAACAUACAAAAACCACAAAUAAUUGUGCUCUUGUUAAUAUCAUACAAAUUCCCAGCAAAUAUUUAACGGGUUUUAAAAUAUGUGUUAAUCGACGAAACAACACAAAUCCAGCAACAUCACGUAGCACAACGAAAAGCAACAGCAGCGGCUGUCUCGUGGCACAACAACAACAACAACAACAAGAAUAGAGGCACACACUUAGCGGUACCGUAAUAAAGUAGCAGACAACAUGUUGACCGAUUGCAGCAGCAUACAAGGCUCCACAGCCAGCUCGUCCAGCGAUGUUAUGACACUGGCCACUACCUCUUCCUGGUGCGCCAUCAGCAUACCUUCCUCGGCGGCGGCCGCAGCAGCGGUGGCCAGCACACGCCUGCGCAUAUUGCGCCUCAUCCGGCCGCAUGCACGUCGCAUUUUGGUCACGCCCGACACCAGUCCCUCGUUCGGGUUCACCGUACGUGGUGGCAAAGAGUUUGGCACGGGCUUUUUCAUAUCGAGCGUCGACCGGAAUAGCGAAGCCGAGCUCAAGGGAAUGCGUAUCGGUGACCAAAUUCUACGAAUAAAUGGAUUUCGCGUGGACGACGCCAUUCACAAGGAACUAAUACAAUUCAUAACCAACCAGGAUAGGAUUACAAUGAAAGUGAGGAGUGUGGGAAUGUUGCCGAUCAAAGAGAAAGAUACAGACAAGCUCUCCUGGCACGCGGUGAAAACAUUCACGAACGGCAGUAGUGCCUCCUCUGAAAGUUCAUACAAAAUCAUGCCCGAUCGUGACACACGCAGCAAGGAGGUGAACAUUACACUCGAUGUGGCGCCUCGCACAAAACUCGGCUUGGGCAUUUGUAAAGGUCCCGAAUGGAAGCCGGGAAUUUUCGUACAAUUCACCAAAGAGAAAAGUGUUGCACGCGAGGCGGGCCUACGACAGGGCGAUCAAAUACUCAGCGUAAACAGCAUAGAUUUUUCGGAUGUGCUCUUCAGCGAAGCGGUGGCGGUAAUGAAGAGUGCCAGUAAACUAGAGAUGGUCGUACGCACUGCAGCCGGUUGCGAUCUAUUUCCGGGCGAAUCAAGUGGUUACAACAGUUCAGCCAGUUCGGUGACAGGCGAUCAGAGCCCGUGUUGGGCGGAUGCUAAAUCGAAGCGUUUGACAUCCGUUUGCGAAGAGCCGGCCGCUGCGCCGAGUUGGAAUGACACGUCAGCAGCGGCAGCUGUAUAUAACGAUAGAGUGGAGCUACAUGGAGGCAAUACUAAUAGCAAAUUGCGCAGAAGUGGCGAGGAGACGAAGCCUUCCGGAAGUCAACAACAAGUCAACAAAACGAUUAUAAAAUUAUCCGAGCAGGGCACAUCUAUUAAUAAUACAUUUGUUAGUAACACACAGUCGGUGGUUAAUGGGCCGCGAACCGUAAGCGAUUAUGGCACGCCGAGAUCUGUUGGUGCAAUCAGCGCUCAAGAGACACUACCGCCACCACCGCCCAUGGCAGCGAUAAGUACGCAUUCAGCUUCUUGUGCGAAGCGAGAAGAACACGAUACUAGAACGGUGGUUGUGGAAGUACAUCGUCAAGAGGCAGCAGGAGAGGCGAGGAGACAGCAGCAGCAACAACAAAAGCAAAUGCAACAAUUGCAACAACAGCGUACAGAAUUCAACAACCAUUACCGCCACAACAUACUGCAGCCAACGCAAUCUCUGCCCCACAACCAGCACCAAGCGACGCCAACGAAGCAGGCGGAAUUCCAGAAAUGCCUACGCAACAAUAGUUACAGCCAACAGCACCAACACCAACAGCAACAGCAACAGCAAUCACAAUUACAACAUCCACAUCAACCACAUCAGCAACACCAACACCAACAACAGCAGCAAAAUCCAUCGCAUUGCCGAAGCCAGCGUCCUCAAGUGGACAGCAGCUCGCUCUCCAGUGCCAUAAACGAGGAGCUAAAGAAGCGCAAAGAGAAACAGCGAAUAAAUGCUGCCACAACCAGCAACAGCAACAACCAUAGCAGCAACACAUACAGUCAUGGCAAUUAUAUAAAUAGCAACAGCAACAGCAACCAACAGAACAAUUACAGUCAGAGUAGGCAGCAAAUUCAACAACAACAACAGCAACAAAAGCAGCAGCACCAUCAUCACCAUCACACGCUUCAACAGCCACUGGCGCUGAAAACCCAACAACAGCAACAUCAACACCAGCCUAGCCAUCCAACGCCAUUGUCUCCAUCCUCCUCAUCACUUUCAUUGUCCGCACCUCCGACGUCGCCCACAAAAACCUCCGCGCCGCCUGCUUUCGCCUCUUCCACUGCGACAAUGACAACGACGUUGAGUACUCGCGCUACUAGCAACAAUGCUAAUGGCAACGAGCGCAACAGUCACAGUCACAUCAACAAUCACAACAACAGCAGCAACAACAAUCCGCCAGUGGGUAGUUCUUCAGCGCUUGCCAGUGUCGGUGUCGGCGUUGGGUCUGGUGAUCAGCAUAGCGCAUUGAUGGACGAAUUUAAACGUGCCCACCAACGUAUGUUCAAAAACGGGUUCCAAGAGACCGAACGCAAGGAACGUCAAGAGGCUCUACGCAACACCUCCAUAAUGGAAGAUGAUGUCAAUCAUCGUGCGAGUCGUGUAUUUCCCAAUAAUAGUACAACAACAAAUGGCUCGCAAGUUCAAAUGCCACCACCGCCACCACAAUUCGCAAGCUCACCGCCUCGAACACAACAACUGCAGCAAUACAACAAUGUCAGUAACAACAUUAAGUUUUUACCACCACAACAGCACCAACAACAACAACAAAAGCCAAUCAUUAACCAUUACAGCAAUUCUAACGGCGUUGGGCCAUCCACAUUCAAUGCACCCACAGAACAACCGCCCAAACCCCCAGCGACCCCCGUGCCCGAUUAUGAUAAUGUGGAUUUGCUGCAUACAAAACCAACAACAACAAUCAGUAGCAGUGUUCGACCAUCAUACGGUUAUGCCAGCACGAAUAUUGUCACAAACGGACGUGAUUCAUUCAACGACAACAACAGCAAUAGCAACAACAACAAAAACAACAACUCCAAUAGACACAACCUCAGGCCGGGCACAAUAACAAUUGGAGAAUACGAGCAACCGCAACAGCGUCGAGAACCAGCGAAAUUUGAUUUUGUGGCAACGCCAAAACGCAGUAACGGUACAAUAGAGGCAAAUGCCGAAAAUCUACAAGCGGAGCUACAAAAUACGCUAACCCGUUCGAAAUUAAAGAAAUCCGCAGAACAACUGGAGCAUCACAGCAACUGUCCGUUGCGUAACAAUUAUGAAAAUUACGAAAAUGUCGCUCGUAAGCUGCACAGCGUGAGCAUAAACGAGGUGGCGACAACAGCGCCGCCAGCGCCGAGAAUGAGUAACGGCAAUGGUGGCACGAAUGGCAUACUGAAGAAUGGAAAUCGGCAUAGUGGCGGCGGUGGCGGCAGCGGUAGCUCGAAGAACUCGGAUAAGACAAUAACAUUUGGAAACUGAAGGUAGAAGAGAGAUUUUUCAAACGAGUGAAUUUGAAACGACGAUUGGAAAAUAAUAAACUGGAAGGAAGUGAAAAAAAUAGUAUCACUGGGACGAAUCUUUUGUAUAAUAUAAAAUAAUAUGAAUAUAAUUCCAUGAUUUUAUAAGUUAUCUAGCCAUAUUUCUAAAAUAUUUGUGUAUACAUAAAGUUCUUCAAUUGUUUUUAUUAUUCUUAGCAUAAGGGUACACAGUAUCGUUUAGUUUUAGUUUUAAUUGUAAAUGAGUUCCAAAUAUUUUUCAAAAUAACUACCGAAAGAAAUUAUAAAACUUUCUCUAAAUUAGGAAAAAAAUACAUAUGUACGUUUUUAUAUUGAGGACUUAAAUACUUUAAUACAAAAUAAAUGUAUAUCGAUUUGUUAAGCAAGCAUAUUAUGGCAGGAGUAGAAAAAAUAUGUACUUUACAGCUGUAUCAAAUAAAUUGUAAAUAACUGCAUAUAUACACAUACAUACAUAUAUUAUAUGUAUGUAUGUAUUGCACACAGUGUAUUAAACAAUCAAAAACAAUUAUUAGCUUCACAAAAUAGUCUUCUUAGGUAUGCUAUUGUAGAGCUAUUGUAUCUAUGUUUUGUACUUGUAAACGUAUAUAUGUAUCCUGUAAUAUAUAAAAAUAUAUAUUUUUGAAAAAAAAAAAUUAAUAAUUCUUAUUUUUAAGCAGUUGUUGUCACAUUUAUAACUUUGUAAUAAAAUCAUAUAUAGA